UGCAGGGUGACUCAAGCAGUAGACAUAGAUGUUCUCGUUAAAAGGAGAGACUGACGCUCCUAUUCCCGCGACAUCAUCAUCCUACACUAGUGGAGCUCCACGGUGCGCGUUGUGAUGCUCAGUCCUGCACAGUAGCAGCUCCAGGAGGCGUGCUUGUCCCCUGCCACAGGAGCCCAGGAGGAGGACCAGCAGAGGCCAGCAGGCUUUUUUUACCUGGCACUUGACACUCCGUGAAAGAGAGCGCUUUUUUGGGGGGGUGUUCUGCCCCAGCCUCUCACUCUCCCGAGCGAUGGCAUCCACGGAUCGAUCCACGGGAGCGCGUUGAGGCUCUGAGUGAUGCAGUCUCUGUUUGGCGGAGGGGAGCUGGGGCUGCUGGGAGGAGGCGGCGAUGCAGGAGGCCUGAAGGAGGAUGGCUGUGGCAGUGUGGCGUGGCACUCCUCCGCUCUGCCCCCCGACGAUGUCUACUCAGCCUCCCACUUUGCCCUUAUCACCGCAUAUCAGGACAUCAAGACAAGGCUGGCCUGCCUGGAGCGAGAGAACAGCAGUAUCAAGAGGAAGCUCAAGAUCUAUGAGAUCAAGUUCCCCAUGAUCAGCGAGUUUGGGGAGAACACUAACUCAUACUGCUCCUUUGAGAGCAAAGAGACGGCGCUGCUGCACUCAGAAAAUGGCAACCUGCAGCAGAGAGUCAACGUCCUGACCCACGAGCUCCAGAAGAGGAAAGAGAGAGAGGAGCAGCUGGAGGAUGUGAUCCAGGCCUACGAGAAGAUUCACAUGGAGAAGAGCAACCUCCAGAGGGAUCUCGACAAGAUGACCAGCCUGGUGGAGAAGCACGUCGAGCGUAUCCUGGGCCUGGAGUCAGCUCUGAGGCAGAGGGACAACUCCCUGCAGAAACUCAACAUGCAGCUGCACAGCAAAGACAUGCAGUAUCUGCAGUUGCACGCCGGCCCGGACACACACAUGCUGGACUGUCCAGCUUUGACUCUUCAGAGCUCCCGCAGCCUGGACGCCCUGUCCGACCUGAAGCUGCAGCGGCUGGAGGCAGAGCUCGAGGGGGCGCGGCAUGAGGCCCAGGGGGCAUGUCAGCGGGAAGAGGAGCUGAAGGGGGAGUGUGAGAGACUGAAGGAGGAUAUGAGGAUGCUGCAGAACAGCCAAAGGGACAGGGAAAUGACUUCUCCGUGCAAGCAGUGUGAUGUGGAGUGGAUAAAGAAGGUGGGAGAUGAGCAGGUGAAUUUAGCUCUGGCCUACACAGAGUUAACGGAGGAGCUGGGACGCCUCCAAGCCCUGAGCUCCAAGCAGACGGAGAUCCUGAGGAAAGCCUCACAGGAGCAGGCUAGUCCAGUCCAGCGUCACUCUCCCAUCCACCACCAGCGCCACUCUCCAGUACCUCAGCGCCACUCGCCCAUCUCACAGCGCCAUUCUCCAGUCCCGCCUCCACAACACCAUUCUCCAAUCCAACAGAGACGCUCCCCGGUGCUGCAGCGCCUUUCCCCAGACAUGCACCGCCGCUCACCCCUGUUGGACGUCAAUGACGGACCGGCCUCUUACUCCUGCCGGCCACCCAGCCAGCACCUGAGGGCCAGCUUCCAGGGCCGUCGCAGUUACUCUGAGGUUGCCGACCCCUCGGCUUACCAGUGCCCACCCCGCUUCUCACUGGACCCUGUCUCAACACUGCCUAAGCCCCGGCCCUACAUUGAUAGCUACGCAAAACAGCAGCCCCAACAUGUGGGCAAUCCUCAUGGUGGACUGCAGCACAGAGUCUCCCCGUCUCCCCAUCAAGGUGGUGGAGGAGGAGACGGGGGUCUUGGGGAGAGUUCUAUGCGCCACUCAAGAGAGAUGCCGUUCCCACUGUCUGAGGUGGCCCACCUGCAUUUUGAGCCCCCUCCUCCCUCCACACCGGCCCCCCAGCCACCACAGUCCUCUGAAGAUGAGGAGGAGUGGACCUGCCCACAUCCCAUCAGCCCACCACGGACGCUGGGCGUGCUCUCUGCUGCGGUGCCCAGUGGCGUCAUGAGAGGCCCAGCGUCCUGCUCAGCCUUCCCCAUCCCUCAGAGGUCUAACACCCUCAGCUGCCACCCACAGCCGGGGUACAUGUCAGCAGAACAUGCUCAGUCCUGGCCUUCAAUCAAUCUCUGGAUGGAGACCGAGGAGAGUGACAUGCGGAGCUGCCCUCUCUGCCAGCUGAUAUUCCCUGUCGGUUACCCUGACGAUGCCCUCAUCAAGCACAUCGACUCCCACCUGGAGAACAGCAAGAUCUGAUUGCCAUGGCAACCAGCCCGCACAUAUCUCUGCGGCCUCUUCUUAUAGAUUAUGUAAGAGAUUGGCAGACCCAGCCAAAUGGAAAGUCGAAUGUAGAAUCACAGGCGACCUAUUUUGCGGUGCGAACCAGUUAGCUGUGUGCGGUAAUCUAUAGGUAGGGACGCAAAAUGGGCGCAGGGGCCUGGUAUAUAUGGAAGUACUUAAACACGGGUCUGUGUUGGAUUUGUGAGUCCACAUGCAGUCCUUUACUGAUCGCCCUUAAGACAGCUCUGCCUGUAUAAUCACUGGCUCUGGUUGCUGCUGUUUUGUUAUGAGUCUUGUUGUGUGGUUUCAGGCAGUUUCAGGUGUUGUGUUGUUUUUCGCUUCACAGUGUAGUAUACAUUGAUUUAGCAAAGUAAGCCAAAGAAGAGGUAUGAGAGGCAGGCUUGAAGGUUCAGGGGCUCUGCAUGUCAAAAAGUUAGUUUAGUGUUUCAACAGUAAUGAUCAGGGAGAUCUGAGGCGUCCUUUUUUUAACAGACUAUUCUCACCACUUAGCUUUAAUUACUUUACACCUGCUUGGACAUUUUCUAUCUCACACACCUACAGUAUCUCUUGCAGAGGAUUCUGUGCAGUAAGUGCCAAGGACAGUGAUCUGGUAGAAGUUGGCUUAUUGAAAUGAUCUGACAGAUAUACAAAGUCAUGUGGGAUGAUGAUUAGUCAUUUGAUUGUAGAUGUGAAGUUUUUGAUGCUGACACUGUGAAGGAAUUUUGACUGAUUUUCUGUCAAUCAGGGUUUGAUGCCAGUUCACUUUUUUUGUUUUUCUAUGGCAGUUAAGAAAGUAUUAAACAUUCCAGUCUCACAUUUCAACUACUGAAACCAACUGACAAGCUGGGGAACAUGAAUGUGAAAGUAUGUUUGGAUCAAGGCGGUUUUACCCAAACAGAGUUAAGAUGAUGCCCUGCAGGGCGGGGCACUGAUGUGUCUUCUCUACUAGGGAAACAUUUUGUCAGAAUAUACCUUUAUGCUUGCGGCCUGUUAAAAAAAAAAAAAAAAAUCUAAAGUAUCUUAGCACUUUAAGUUAGCAUAGCCUAUACAAUGUAUAUGUUUUCAGUCCCCAUAUAUAUUUUCCAUGUAUAAUUUACUAUUUAUAUUGUCAAUCUGUAAGGCAAAAAAAUAUGAAGAUAUAUUUUUGCAAAUGUUAAUGCACCACAUGUCUCAUGUUGGUGUCGUUCCCAUGUGCUUGCACACUGCUGUAUAUAGAGGAGUUGAAGAUCCAAAUCCCACCACAUGGGAUACUUUUCUGUACAAAGACUUUAAAUUAUCAACUGGGAUUCUCAUCGGUCUUCCUAAAGAUCUGACCUUCAAAACAGUUUGAUGUCACGACUGCCCAGACCACCCAACAAAAAAAACAAAAACAAAAAAAAGAACACACACAGCUGGCUGCAUGAGAUAAAGACUUCUGACCUGCUUCGAGGAAAAAGUGGCAGGCUUUUUAGUGUACUGUAUUUCUAUCUCGGAGAUCUGAUACCAGAAACAUCAUCUCCAAUCAGCAAAGUUAUCUCUGCAGGGUUUCAGCAAUGACAAUACUCUUCUUUUGAUACAUGGGUUUAGUUUUUAUCACAAGUGGAAUCUUAAUGCGAGAUCUGCUUGUGGGACGUGAACUUCUUUUUUGAGAAAAAAAAAGAAAAACAACAAAGUUACACUGAUGUCAGCUACUCUGAGGCUUUCAGUUCCAUGUGCAGUUUCUAAUAUGGGGAUGUCCCUACACACCUACCCAUGCAUUUAAAUUGACUGGAAGUUAUUGAAGAGAUGAAAUGCGGUAGAUUAGAGCACAUAUUGUAGGACAGCGGUUGUGGCAGCAGGAUGAUGUAGGUUUCAACAUAGGUUUCAAAUCCUUGUUUGCCCACCUGAAGUACUCUUGAGCAACACACUGAGUCUCUACAAGCUCUGGAGGCUUUGCUCCAGGCUAUGGCUUUACAAGGAAGGUUUAAAGAGAAUUUUUCAGUGGGGGGAUUAAAUUAUCAGAUUAAAGAGUAACUGGUUUAUUACCUCCUGGACCUAGACCUUGUUCUAGCAGGUUUGGACACUGGUUUUGUUGGUCACGAUAACAUCAUAGUCACCUGGUUAAUUGCUGAGAUCCGGGAAAGCCCCAGUAUUGCUAAAAAUAGAAGUCGGACAAGUUGCUGAACUGCUGUUACUGACGUGCUAACUGCUAACAUGCCAACCAGUCAGUCACAAUAAUUCUGUGAGCCUUUCCAUUUUCUCCACAGAGUGCUGUUUACUUUGAACAACAUUUUGUUCAACAAAAGGUUAUUGAAGAGUGAAAUUAAAGCCAUUAGUUAGCUUAGCUGUGUCACUAACUAACAUUAAGUUCACACUGUCUCAUAAUUACCCUUUGUAGAGCAGUUUGUACUGGCGUUCUCUCAAGCUGUGAAGAUGACUUGCUGUUGGUCAGUGGUGCGAACUCAGCCAAGUCACUGUCGUUUUAGUGGCUCUAAAAUAGUGAAAGCAAGGUUCCACAAACGAAGAAUUAUUGCACUUUUAUGAAAUAUAAAAAAGGCAGAGGCUAUGUAUAAGGAGUGAGCCUUGUAACUAAACAGUUAAUUGCGCAUUAGGAUUGGUUUGAUUCAGCCCAGCGGGUGUUGAUUGUGUUGCAUCUAUAAGUUUAUUUAAAGAGGAGCUCUGUUUCAUCCUGUGGCUGAAAUCAGAAAAAAAAGUACCUACCACCCCCACAAACCAAUUCCUGUGGAAACCCUAAAAACUGUUCAGAAUUUCACAAGAAAAAGGUUUCAAGUUCGAAGCAAUCUGAAAACAAAAGCAUAAUUCUAUUCCUUGUGUGGGUUCUCUGACUGCUUGUGGUUCUUCCCAAUUAGACUUGUUUUUAGCAAUGUCACCAGGCUCAGAGACUUAAGCAAUUAACUUGUUGAUUACAAUGUUCCAAUAAACUGGAAUUAUCCUUAAAGAACUACAUCCCUAUGUGUACAAUAAGGCAGUGCGGAGUUACUUGACCAUUCAAUCGAAGAGGGCUUUAUCGACUACCAAUUAUUAUCUACUGUAUGUAUGUUCCUAUAUCACUCUGUGUAAAAAAUAUUUAAAGUUGUGUACAGACAGGUAUUUUGCAAGUGUGUAAGGCUAAUGCAACAUGUACUCUAUUAUUCAACAACUUCAAAUUGGAGUGUCUGUAAAUCAGUAUAUAUAAUCCUAGCCACCACCACACUACAUAUGAAUUAUAUUCGAGUUAUGUACAAGUACUACCCCACACCUUUCCUCUUUUACUCACUAUGUAGUGAUAUGUCCUAUCUCCUAUGUAGAUCCAUCAGUUUUAAGCUGUGGGAUGUGUGACAGUGAGCACUUUCAACCUUAGUCACAUAUGACAUCAAAUGAUCUGGACUGACUGUACGACCACAAGUACACUAGGUUUAAAGAAAAAUCACAAAUGAAUGUUUGUCUGAAGGUUUCAGAAAAUAUAAAGAAACAAUAAGCGUGCUGAUGCAUAUUUUUCUAGUCUGAUUUAUCAUGCAGCAAAGAAAGAAAGAAGCACAAAUGUGCAUAGUUGUUUGUCUUCACUGCUGAUGGUGUAAUGUUGCAUCAUAAACUAGUAGUUCAACUGCAUUUGGGAACUUUAAGUUAAGUUACGACUAUGUAAUUUGAUUUUAACUGCAGCUGAGGUCAGAUUUUUCACAAACAAUAUGUACUUUUUUCCCCCUAGAAAACCUACUUUUGUUCAUGACAAUAUUUCCUGUAUUUUGAAAAACAGAGGACAUGGUUAACAGGUCUUCUUUUGUUCAUGGCGGGGGGGCUGCAUUGUGGUUAAUGGUGCUGGGAUGUUGUUGUUAGUAACCGCAACCUGUUGGCCAGCAGCAGCAAUGUAGAGCAAUCCCGCCCUGUAUGAGCUCACACAUUGCAGCACACAUGUUAUUUCAGCAACACUACAACACUGCACGUACAGAAGCUGUGCUGAGGUCCAUCACAUAAAGAUGUGAUGAGAUAAUUGCUAGUUCAGGUUUAAGAUCUUAAUUUUUGUCUAAAAAACUUAAAAUCUGAAACCAUCUCGUCUGUUUUUCCACUUUUUUGUGUCCUAAGAGCAAACUGACUCCUUGGUUUACUCAGGAGAUCAACAGCAGUGGAAAGAUCAAAUCUGCCAUCGUUAGAUUCAAUUUAAAUAUUUCUUCAUCAUGAAAUUUCACUCAGAUUUACUCAGGAGACAAACGGCUAGGUCCAACAAAGAGUAAGAGUUUUAAAAACCAGUCUGAUUGUUCAUUCUUGUAUAGCUCCACUCUCCUAUAAGUAACUACGUGAGUCAGGUUGUUCUCCUGGGUAACAUUAAGCGCGCAUGGAGACCUCAACACUAAUGAACUCUCCACAACACUAAUGAGAAGUAAUGGCUACUCCACAGCAUUUGUGUGGUGGAACAGCACUGCUGGCAUUCAAUGACUUUACGAGUGUGAUAAACAAAAUGAAAGCAACAACAGAGUCACUUUUUCUUUCUCUCUGUGUCUGUAAAUACCCCUAUAA